AUGUUUUCAGUUGUCCUGCCUGGCCGGCCGUGCCUGACGAACUCCACCCCUAUCCAGGGAGAUCCCAAUUCUCCCGCGACAAAUUUCGUAUUUACUUUCCCCGCAUGGCCCAAAUUCUCACACAUUGUCGUCUUCCUCCUCCCAGGCGUUACACUUCCACCCGGCGCAGCGGCCGCGGUCUACAUUCAAUUCUCCACCGGAGCAACUCCUACUCCCAACCCACAAGAUUUCCGGUUCCUCGGUGCGAUUGCCGACGAGAAGCCCUCUGCCAUAUUCCGAGUGAACGACCCGGUUCGCCGGCGCACGGAGGCCGAAGAGGAAGAUGAAAUGCUGGACGAGGGAGCCCCGCCGUCCCCGAAUGUCAACAUGACGGUCACAUUGGGGAUAUCUAUCGAGCCUGCGCAGAGCGUAGCUGCUAAACUAGCUACGUUGAAGUCUCAGUCGCAGUCUAUGGAGCUUGCCAAAACGGUAGAUGUGCAGCAGAGGCCAAAUAUAUCGACAAGAUUGCUUGCGCAGCGGAUAAUUGGGAAUGCGUUCAAUUUCCUCUCGAGCUUCGCAACCUCGGACGGGCGGGAAGAGGUUGUGCCAUUGAAAAGCUUCAGGGACUGGUGGACGAAGUUUGAGAGGCGGAUCGAUACUGACCCGGGAUUUCUGGAAAGAGAAGGAAGUGGGUGA